AUGCGAGGGCGUUGCUCACGAAGGUGCCCCCUCUCUCCCACACCCGUAUGCUUAUCUCUGCCUUGUAUAGACACAAUAUCCCGCGCCACUUCCCAUCACAUGAUUCCGUCACCACCGUCGCAGGCGCCAGGCCGACACGGAGUUCCAGUUGGGAUGGCUUCGGCACCCACCGAGCCCGACUCAGCGCUGAUGGCACAGGAGAACAUUACGCUGCUGCAGGCGCUGGUGCAGCCCACACGGUACCGCCGCCGUGUGCAGCCGCAGUUUGAGGCCUUUAGCCUCGAUGACCCGGACUACGUGAAGUACAACCUAAAGGCCUACUGGCCCCGUCAUCUCGACAGCGGUGCUGUAGCCGCUGACCGUGCUGCGCCGCGUCAGCCAGGGUCUGACAACCGCGGCAGUACCGCCUUAGCAGCGGUGGAGUCCUGCAUGUCACAGGAACCACUUCGGCUGGCGAACGGCGCACCCCCGUCACCCUCGGCGGCAUAUGGUGGUCCGCAGCGCACGGAGUCGUGCAACAUGGAUCGUGAUCAGCAGCCGCACUGCAAGGAACUCAGAACACGGUCGCCGCCGCUCCUUCCCGGUGCUGGUCGCAGAGGUGAAGGGGAGGGAUCGCCCACCACGCUGUCGAGCUUCCACGGUGCGAGCGAACGGUACAGCGGCGACGACAACGUCGACAGUGCAGGUGGUUCAUACGACCACACCGCAUACAACGACGGCCACCGCCAUCCAGAGCGACCGGCACCGCAGCACCCCAGAGGAGAGCCGCACGAGGGCUCGUCAUCUUCGCGGCAAGAGACGGAGAACAGCAGUCGCCGCCCCUCCACGUACGACACCCAACCGGAGCGCGAGAGAAGGCACCGUGAAGAAGAGCGACCGGGAGGCCAGCUUCGCCACUCGAGCACUUCGAAUGCCCACGCACUCAACGUCGACGGUGGCGCGCGCUGGCGCUCGGGACUCGGCGGCUGCGACGGCUCUGCCACGGCUGACUGCCACGACCAAUAUGGGCCUAGAGCUGGAGAGUACGGCGUAGACAGAAGCCGCCCGCAGCGCCUCCAGGUGACUCUGCCGGUGGGGACGCAGCAUUAUGGAUGGCCGCACGCCGUCGGUGCCAACGGAGGCGCGAGUGGCACUGUCUGCGACGGUCAAGUGGGCGAAGUGGAUGAAAGCGAGGGCUCGUAUGGGGACGGCGGGGCAGAGUGGGGGGCUGCUCUCGAUGAGUGGGAUGAUGACGGGGAAGGUGGUGCGGCCCCGGUCAGGGCGCACAACCUCUACGCCAACGACGGCGAGGAGUGGAUGGACACGAGGGACGGUGCGUAUCAUAAUCGCGAUGGCGAUGACGCUGACAGCGAGCCCUUAUAUCUCCAGCCGCCUCCGCCCGCAUCGAAGGAGCGGCAACCUCAGUGGUCUCUGCGUGCGUCGUUGCCAGCGGAGACGCCGGCUCCUCCAUCACAGCAUCGACAUCAGCGCCCCACCAGGGAUAUCCAGCGGCAGGCGGCUGACGUGAGGGCGUUGCGGCCGUCGAGGAAAGGAUCGCAGCAGUCGCGACCCGUCGAGAGAGAGGUCGGCCAGUCUUCCAAGAGGGACAAGAAGAUACGGUCGAGCAAGCACAACCCGCGCGCCUUCCUGAACAGGACGGCGCACACUUGGGUGUCGACGAGCACAACCACCACGGUGAUCCUGCCUCCCGCCACGGUGCAGCUAGUGCCCAUGCCCGCGUUUGCCAUGGCCGAGGUGAGGCAGCCCGUGGAUGGACACUGGGGUGCUGCUGCCGUGUUGCCCCCGCCGUCGCCAUACUCUCUGAGUUCCCAAUCGAUGCCGGGAUAUCAGCAGCGGCGCUCGCGGAUGGAGGUGCUCGAUGACAGCGGGAACUUCAUCUCGAAUGGGCGCAAGGACAUUGGCAACUCCCUUCCAUGCUUACCAAGCCGCAACACGGUAUAG